CAUACAUGCCCAGGCCUGGCUGAAAUUAAUGGGAGUCGCAGUACUGGGCAACAGUUUAACAAGUAAGGUUGUGGACGACGUCCGAUAUAAAAUCUGCGAAUCUUUGCUCUGCUCUCCAUAAACAGUACAUCCCUACCAUGGAGGAGAAAAUAGCGAAGAAAAGAGCUAAACGCUUGCAUAUGGAACACGAGAGGGAAAAUAUAAUUACAAGUGGAAAACUAUUCAUCGAUGUCUUUUUAGGGAUCCUUGGCAAAACAAACGCUACUCCGGAAGUUUGCACCAAGUACUUAAAAAAAGUCCUACAUGCAAUUUUCUUCCUUGGACACAUAAAUAAACCACAAAUCCUACCGGAAGAUUUUAUUCCUGAUCACCUGCAGGGAAAUUUAAGAAUAAGGUGUCCAGAGAUUUUCGAACAAUGCAAGACACAUCUGGCCAGGCAGACCCCCUACUCAAUUCUGCUAGAAUUUAUGGCGGAAAAUGAUAACGUUAAAGACCCACAGAACUUUAUCAGUCAACUUGCAAAUGUUAACAGUUCACUGUGGAAGAUGGAUCGGACGAUCGGAAGCCAUCCAGUGGCCAAUGACUUUGCCUUCACAGCUUACAUCAUUGCAUACAGCUGUUACAGAGAUGCUAGGACAAAUGGAAUUCUGAAAAUUGCAUAUGGUUCAUCGAUGUCUUGCAAAGGAAAGAUUCCGCGGCAGAUCAUGAUCCGUAUAUCUGCCUUGUAUAAGUGGGACAAGGCUAUUUCCUAUGCCGUGUGCAGACAUAGAAAUAGCCCUGCUAUUAUGUUCCCAAACCAGGUCCAAUGCGAAACCUUCAGUUUCCAGGCUCAAAAAUGUAAUUUUAGGCGAAUCCCUUCCUGCACAGACUGUGAGAAACUGUUUAAAAAUGAGCAGCCUGAUCCUUUGUCCAUAACGGACAAAGAGAUCUGCUUAUAUGGGAGCUUAGCAGAGACUGAAUCAGUCAGUAAUCUUCUAAUGUGCUGCCCAGAUCUAAGAAACACUACUGUCAGUGAGCAAUUCAACAACCAAAAUCCGAUGAACAGAGAAGAAAUAGAACAUAUAUUCACAACCGAAUAUCAGCAGCAACUGAUUAGUGAGCUCAGGAGCCUUCUUAAUUCCCGUGAUUUCACUCUUCCUGAAGGAGAAUGGCUCUUCUAUAAUCCUGUCUGAGAUAGGUAAACCAAUGGCAAGCAUUCUAAUGGUCUAUAUAUCUUACUAGACGUUAUAUGUAGAGACACUGCUCUGACCUGUUCAUAUAGUGCGAGCAGAAUUCUAUAGACCUGCGGCUGGAAAAGAAAUAGGACAUACUUUUCUGUCACACCUUAUAUAAGGGCAUAUUUGUAAUUAUGAAAUGAACAAACAAAUGACUUAUUUUGGCAGAGUGAUAUAAAAGUUCCCAUUUGUGGGACAGUUAAUUUGCUUGUUAUAUGUUUCGUCAUUCAGCUGACCUCUGAUGUAGCGUGAUGGCUGUAAUGGAAUUUGUUGACAUAUAUGUGUAUAGGCUUGGCCUGUAGUUGUGGGAGGGGCUUGGGUCCUCUUUUAAGGGACUCCCAUCUUUUCUCCAACACCUUUACCUGGUCUAGCGAUUUGCACAUUAUAAAAACUCUAGGACACUGGAAGUCCUCGGUUUAUGCUCGCUAUAUUCCUCAACCUGUACACGAAAUCAGGCAAG